AUGGCCGUAAAAGGCCUCAUCUCAAGCCUGGAGGACGAAAUCCUCGACCCGGAAGAGGAAACGUUCUUCCUCUUCUCGCACGAGAUCCCCUCCUCGAAUCUAGGCUUCAUCGACCCGAAGGCCACGGAACUUUCGCUGACCCUCGCCGGCCGCGAUUUCACAAUCCAUCAGUCCCCCACAGUCCUCUCGUCAACCCGCGCAGGCGGCACGACUGGAGCCGACCAGCCCUACGUCGCGCGCAUGAUCCACCAGAACCUCGAGGCGAACCCCCUCCCAAAGUCCACCUCGUCGUCCUCAAAACCGUCGUCCUCCCGCCGAAAGAAGGCCGGCGGGGCAGCCCCGUCAUCGGCCCCCGGCCAAGACGCACGAGCAGACGGCCCCGGCGUCAUCACGUUCCACCCCCUCGACUGGGAACUCGAUACCCCGGACCCCUCCCUCACGGGCUCCCCCACGGCCCGCAGCUUCGACGCCGUCGUCUGCUGCGACUGCAUCUACAACGAGGCCCUCGUGGGGCCCCUCGUCUCCGCCACCGCCGACCUCGCUCGCCUCCGCCUCCGCGAGCAGGAAGACGAGGCCGACGCCCGGGACUCCGCCGGCGCCUCUGGGGAUCAACACCGCCACCACUUGUCGUCCUCCACAACGACGACGACGACGGACCGGUCCGAGCCGUGCGUCUGCAUCGUGGCGCAGCAGCUUCGCAGCCCCGACGUCUUCGAAGAAUGGGCCAAGGCCUUCCACCGCGACUUCCGCGUCUGGCGCGUCCCAGACGCCCUGCUGCCCGAGGGGUUGAGGAUCGAAUCCGGGUUCGUGGUCCAUGUUGGUAUCCUGAGAGAAGCCAAAGUCGAUUUCUAG